UGACGGACAACGCGGAAGUAGACGCUGCAGUCGAAAGGGAAAUACGUCAACUUGAAAUUUCGCGCGGUUGUUUUUCGCUCCUUCGUUUUCUGCAAGUAUAUAAGUUUAAACCGUGUAAAAUGACGGGUGUGUUCGAGUCUCCAAAAACAAGAAUAAACGUGUCGAUGCUCCCUCAGCACGUGAGCAGGCCGGUGAGUUUCGUAGGACGCGUGGAAAAGGUCCAUCAGAGUGGGAAAUCGUUCACGCUGAUGGACGGAGAAGGAAAGAUUGCGUCCGUGGAGCUGAGUAAUCCGCUGGAAGAAGAGUUGAGUGGAAUAGUGGAAGUUGUCGGCAUGGUGUCGAAUAAAGGAACCAUCAUGGCUGCGGCGUACAACAUGUUCAGGGACGAAAAAGGAAUUUCAUUUGAUUUAGAGCUGUAUAACGAGGCCCUGAAAGUCAUUCACGAUUUUCCUCAGUAUUACCCGUUCGAGGUGUCAUCCAGUGGAUAAACAGCACACUGCCUUUUUUUUCUUUUCUCUUGUCUCUCUACAUUUUUUCUCCCUCUUUAAAUGUGUACGUGAUAUUUCCUUUGUAAAUAAUAUAAAACUCUUGAGUUGAAAGCUGUUCAUUUUAAGUUCAGAAAUAAAGAAAAAGUUCUUAGUGA